AUGAAUCCUGACUUGGCAUUGCCUCAAGUUCAGUACCAGCAGCAGCGCCAGCGUUCAACCAGCAGAGAGCGCAGUCGGGUCACUAUAUCAAUAUCUGUGGCACCGCCAAUGCCAACCUUCCCUUCAACUCACAAACUCAAACGGCGAGAGCAGAGAGGUCGACAUUCACGCAUGGAAAGACCAGCCAAGGAGGCUGAAUUCAAACCUGUCCUCAGAAAGUAUCAGCGCUCCCGUUCCCCCUCCCCUGUUCAGUGUUGUUACUUCAUUCCCUGGAUUAGAAAGGCUGGAACCAACACAGAAACGGAUGGAGAACUACAAGUGAUGAGCCAUAGGCCUAAAUGUCCUGUUCCCAAUGCACCUACCACCCUGGACAAACAGACCAACUGGUCUAAAGCCCUGCCUCUUCCCACUCCAGAAGAAAGAAUAAAGAAUGACUCUCAAGUGAUUUCGUCCUGUAUCAUUCCAAUAAAUGUUUCCGGUGUUGGAUUUGACAGAGAAGCCAGUGCUCGCUGCUCUCUUGUUCACUCCCAAUCAGUUCUACAGAGACGACGGAAACUCAGGAGGCGAAAAACGAUCACUGGGAUCCCCAAACGAGUUCAACAAGACAUGGAUUCUGACGAAUCCCCUGUUGCUAGAGAAAGAACAGUGAUAAUCCACGCCAACCCACACAAGUCCCACGAGUGGCAUGAGGAGCUCUCCUUGAGUGGCAGAGUAUUGCAUACCAAGGAUUCGGGCUGUCAGACAGAUGACUUCUUGAUUACUGCUCCAUCCCGAAGGCGCAUCCGUGCCCAAAGAGGUCAGGGAAUUCCAGCUUCUCUCUCUCAUUCCACUGGGAACAUAACCUCCCUGCCAGAUCGUUCUGAUACGGUUUAUGCUGCAGCAUCAGCUACACGUGUCCGUUCUAGGAGCCUUCCACGUGAGGGUGGUCGGCUUCUGGAUGAGGACCAAGAUGACAGUGAUGAUGAUGAUGAAGAUGAUGAUGAUGAAGAUGAUGAAGAGGAAGAUGAGGAGCUCUCUCCAUAUGAAACCGAGGACUUCCUGCCAGGUCCCGGACAGAGAAUCUCAAAGGAUGAGGAAGAGAGUACUGACGACCAAGCCAUGCCAGAGCUGCAGUUUGGAAGUCUUAAGCGUAUGCAGCAUUCAGAGAGCCCUGAACACAUGGAUCGAGGGGGCAGAUCCAGGCUCCCACGCAAAGUAGACAUGGGGAGCUGUGAGAUUUCCUCUAGUUCAGAUACUUUCAGCAGCCCCAUACACUCUGCAUCUACUACAGGAGUGCUUGGCAGCCAGAUUGACCAUAAAGAGGAUCACCAGUCCUCAAGUGGCAACUGGAGUGGAAGCAGCUCCACUUGCCCAUCACAGACAUCCGAGACUCUUCCACCUGCUGCUUCCCCUCCCUUGACGGGAUCCUCACACUGUGAUUCAGAACUUUCCCUGAAUACUGGGUCCCACGUCAUAGAUGACAACACUGGUUUCAUAAUUGAUCCCUAUCACAUGGACAAGCCACAAGGACAGGGGCAACGAUCCAAUUCAUUUACCUCAUCAGCUACUGAUCAGAUGGAUGAUGCAGGGGUCAGCACUGCUAGUGAUGGUGAGUGGAACUGCACCCAGGACCAGCAGGAUCAGCCCUGUACCCAAGACUUCAGCCCAAAGCGUUCCAGAGAGGAUGAGAGUGGUGUCAGCUGCCCCAGUUAUUCUAGUGGGGAAACUUACGAGAGCUUCAGUGACCAAGCAUCCGCUAGAAAAUCUGAGAUGCACUACAUCGUCGACACGGAAGGAUUCUAUUCCUCCAUGCACUUUGACUCUGGUCUUAAGGGUAGCAGAAGCUACUACAACUAUGCAGCCAUUGACCCUGACUGUGGCCCAAGUGGUAAUAUAGCACCUGGCAUGACUGAAUACCCUCAGCCAGAGUACAGAGCCACCAGGACACUGGGCAGACCCUGUCUCUCUUUAAGAAAACCAAAGGCCAAGCCCCCCCCUCCAAAACGUAGCUCUUCAUUAAAGGAAACAAGCAGUGGUGUGAACGUUCCAGAGCAGAACGAACCAAAGAUUACUUGUGAGUUGCCACUGCCCUUGUCUUCCAGGGAGAUGAAACUGCAGCUGGACUUGGCUGAUUCUACAGGGCACCUUGAGACUGCAGGUCUUGAAUCACUUGGUGCAUGGGGAGUGGAAAACGUCAGGGACAUGCUUGACUGCUCCUCCCCAUUCAGUUCCUCGGACACACAUUCCUUCAAAGAUGAAGGUGCUGUGCAAGCAGACUAUGCAGACCUCUGGCUCCACAAUGACUUGAAAUCAAAUGAUCCUUACCGGUCCCUGUCUAACUCUAGCUCUGCUACGGGUACAACUGUUAUUGAAUGCAUCAAGUCACCAGAAAGAUCAGAAACGCACACCUGUCAACCAAGGUCCAGACCUUCUUCCCCAACUCUUCCUCCACCUGAAAGCGAAUUCAAGCUUGCUUCUCCCGAAAAGCUGGCAGGCUUGGCGUCCCCUUCCAGUGGAUAUUCCAGUCAAUCUGAAACACCUACAUCUUCCUUCCCCUCUGCUUUCUUCCCUGGGCCCCUGUCUCCAACCAGUGGGAAGAGGAAGCCCAAAGUCCCCGAAAGGAAGUCCUCACUUUGUUCCUUACAACAGCAACAGCUUUCAGUCAGAGACCCAAGCAUUUCCUCUAGGAGGGAAACUGACUUCCAUGCCAUACCCCCCAGUCACCUUGACCUAAGUGCUCUUCACAGUAAGCACUUUCCUCACAGAAAUCAAAUGCACAUCCUCCACCAGAAUAAGCAGAAAGCUGCCAUAGCAGCAGCUGCUGCAGCAGAAGCUCGCAGUGCAGCAGCUGCAGCCGCUGCUGUCGAGGCCCGCACUGCAGCUACAGCUUCUACUUCAGAGAGUGCAACAAAUACAGCACCCAUCUCAGCCCAUUUGGCUAUUACUCCAACGGUUCUUAGAUCAGUGCAACUGCGAUCUAUAUGUAGACCAUCUGAUGGCAACCAAGGGCUUGAUCAAGACAGUUCAAAUCUAGUAACUCGUCCAAAGUGUCCCACAAUAAUAACUGAUGCCUCAUCAUCUAGCAACAGGCACAACAGGAAGCCACCAGCCUACAAACCCCCUGCUGCACAGGUCUGUGAUUCACAGAUUCCACAGGUGGAAAGCAUUGUUUUUCCCCAAGAAGAAGUGAGAGUGAGACAGGAGAGGUUUGGUCCUGGUACAUACUGGGCAAUGACUGCUUUCAGAACUCCUGUGGACCUUAAUCCUGAAAAAGAAGUCUCUUCAACAAGGUCAUCUCAGUAUCUUCAACAAGAACAAGACAGCAGAAGGUGCCUAGAUGUGCAAAAGACAUUGUCACCAGAGAGACUAAAACAAGAUUUAAAUCAACUAUCGCGGCCAGACCCUUCAACACAGCCUAUGUGUUUGGCCAGCACAAUGCCACCCCCUGCUUAUAGUGAGAUACAGAGGAGCAAUUUUGUACUGUGCAACAGUCCUGACAAAGUGCCUGUUUCAACUCAAGAGGCAUCGCAUUCUUACAUAAUCAGCGAUGUACAAGGCAGAGAGGAGGAUUAUGAGACAUCAGGUGUCGCAACCAGAAGUGCCUCACAGGACAUAAGGGAAGAAGAGUCAACCCCAGAUACAGAGGACUAUUUCAGUAAAGAAUCAACUCCCAGUGAUAAUUCAUCCUCUCCUUUGACUGAUGACUCCAGACUUGAUGAUGAUGUUUUCCCAUCUCCCAACAAACUCCGCACAACUGAAGAUCUUUUUGCUAUGAUCCACAGAUCUAAAAGGAAAGUGUUGGGACGCAAGGAUUCAGGGGAAGUGAGUGGAAAAGGUCGGCCUGGUGUACCACCUGCGACCACCACAGUAAGCAAUCCUACUGUAUGCCCGGUCAUCCCUGCUCCCCCAGUUCCUUCAAACAACUCCCAGCGAGCCUCAGGACCCAUCUACAGGAGUGCCAAAAAGUCUAGUACAUCCAGUGAGGAGUUCAAACUCCUGUUGCUUAAGAAAGGUAGUCGCACAGACUCAAGUUACCGCAUGUCUGCUACAGAGAUCCUUAAGAGCCCAAUCACACCCAAGACUCAAGCAGAGCUGCUAUUAGAGGCCGUGAGGCAACCAGAAGAGACCCCCUUACCCCAACUGGAUUCCACCAGCAGUGGAGAUCCACUUUCAAGCCCAUUUCCUAAGGCCAACAGUGAAGGAUUCUCCCCAAAAACAGUCACCAUGUCAGCUGCCUCCAGACAAGGACGUUCUAGAAUUCCACCUGCAGCGAACAGCAGUCGCUAUAGCACGCGGAGUCGGCUGUACACUGCCCCAAUGCAGGCCAUAUCAGAAGGAGAGACUGAGAACUCAGAUGGAAGUCCACACGAUGACCGCUCCUCCUAGUGGUAUUAUCAUUUUUUUAACCACUUAGCAAAAUGAUGAAUCUUUUUAUAAUAUGAAAACACUGAAAACUGUAUGAGAGUGCUGUACACGUGUUAUGAUCUACCUUUUCUCCUAUACCAUUGAUUUCUUUAAGCUCCUUUUAUACUCUGUAGGUCAACUGAAAAUUUGAACUUAAAUUACCGAAUGAUGUAUUGAUCAUCAAGAAAUGAUUUUUUUAUCAUAGUCCCACACUUUAAUUCUCAGAAAAUGAUUCACUCGUCUUUCUUUGAAAAGGUGUUGAAAAGUUUUUAAUAUAAUAGAAAUCAGUUCUUUUCCAUCAUCCAUCACGAAUUUUCAUAACCAUGUCGAUGUUAAACUUUUUCGAGGACAAUCGCACCAAGGCCUUUCUUAGAAGGAUGUGCAAGGGGAAGGAGUUCUGAGACAAAGAAAGCCAGAAAUGUUAUGAACAUAAUGGACUGGUUUGCAAAACCAUCAAUUCUUUUGCACUUAAUUUGGUUACCUUGAAAUAUACAACCUGGAUGUACUGUUAAAAAAAAUAACAAGGAAAGCAAACAGAAAUAAUCCAGUUUUAAAUUAGAGAAAUGGAGCCUCUGUGGUGUGUGAGAGACUCUUCAUGCUGUUUGAAUCUCUAACAAACAACGCUCCAACAACCGUUUUACCAACGUUUAUUUGACCUUUUCUUUGAAGACCCAAAUUGGGUUGUGAAUUUUUGUCACGUUUUUUCAGGUGUCAUCAUGUAUAAUUUACUUAGUCAACUAACAUGGAAGAUUUUUGUGACCGCAGAAGAAACGAGGACUUCAGAGAAAAUUCACCUCAGUCACCAUGUAUUCUGUGAAUACCUUUAAAAUCAAGCAUACUGUUCAAUUGAAGAAGAACAGAUUCACUUUUAAAGUGAACCACUUCGGAGUUGGAGGUUUUCUCUGAGUUCAAAACUCAUAGGAAUUAGCUAGAUUUGUCAAGCCUACACUGUGCCACUGAAGGGAAGGUGACAAGCUGUGAAAAGAUAGAUUUUUUUUGGAGGGGGGGGGGGGUCAUCUGUCUCUGAUGAACGCUUUUUCACUGUGGUCGUCAUUUGGUUUCUUCAUCCUCUGUGUAGCAUGCAAUAAAACACUAGAACACGUCACAUGACCUCCACCUAAAAUGUAUUUCCACCUUCACUUGAAUUUCUUGAGUAUGUGCUAUGUUCAGUAAAUGUAUAAAAUGUAUAAGGUUUGCCGUUUUACAUCACUGUAUACACAGUUUGAGCUUUUCCCUUAAGUGGAGGAAAUGGACAAUCUAAUCGAAUGAAGCACUAUUUGUGUACAGUUAAGUUUUGAGAGAACGAAGUGCUGAA